AAACCAAGACCCUCGCUGCUCUCACUCUCUCAACUCUCCACAAUUUUACAGAUUCGUGUAAAAAGCUUCGAUUUUUCUUUGAUUUUGUGCCGUCUGAUUCGUUGGGUCACGAUUUUUCCGGGUUCUGGUUUCAGUUUCUUUCCCGGGUUUGGUUUCCUGAGAAAAAAGAAACCUGUAAGAUUGGUCGUCCGAUUUCGUUUCGGAAUUGGUUUUUGCUUAGUUCAAUAAAGGGUUUGUUCUCAGUUGAGAGUUGAGACUCAUUAUUAAUUUGGGUGUUGGGUUUUCUUAGGUUGCCCUUGUUGGUUAAGGAUGAACGCUUCUAUAAUCGACCCACUGCAAGGUGAUUUCCCAGAAGUGAUUGAGGAGUAUUUGGAACAUGGCACUAUGAAAUGCAUUGCCUUCAAUCGCCGCGGUACUCUUCUUGCUGCUGGGUGCUCUGAUGGUAAUUGCAUAAUCUGGGAUUUUGAGACAAGGGGCAUUGCUAAGGAGCUCCAUGAUAAAGAAUGUGUUGCUGCCAUAACUAGUGUAUGUUGGUCAAAGUAUGGUCAUCGUGUUCUUGUGUCUGCAGCUGAUAAGUCGUUGACACUAUGGGACAUUGUCAGUGGCGAGAAGAUUACAAGAACGAUACUGCAACAAACUCCUCUACAAGCUCGAUUACAUCCUGGUUCCUCUACUCCAUCUCUUUGCUUGGCUUGCCCUCUCUCAUCUGCUCCCAUGAUUGUUGACUUGAACACAGGAAGUACAACUAUGCUUCCAGUUUCCAUUCCGGACUCUAAUCCAGGAUUCGCCCCUCCAUCACGGAAUAAAAUUUCUGAUGGAACUCCCCCCUUUUCUCCUACUGCUGCUUGCUUCAAUAAGUAUGGGGAUCUGGUUUAUGCAGGGAACUCCAAAGGGGAAAUACUUCUGAUAGAUUAUAAUAGUAUCCAAGUGCUUGCCAUGGUUCCUACAUCUGGAUGUUCUGUGAUUAAGAACAUAGUUUUCAGCAGAAAUGGUCAGUAUCUGCUUACAAAUUCAAAUGAUAGAACAAUAAGGAUUUACGAGAACCUUCUUCCUUUGAAAGGUGGACUUAAAGCCCUAAAUGGCUUAACUGGCAUUGAUGGACUAGAUGAUGUGGAGAAGUUGAAAGUUGUUGGAUCUAAAUGCCUAACACUUUUCCGUGAGUUUCAAGAUACCAUCACAAAGAUGCACUGGAAAGCACCGUGUUUCAGUGGUGAUGGUGAGUGGGUAAUUGGUGGUUCUGCAAGCAAAGGGGAACACAAGAUUUACAUAUGGGACAGGGCCGGGCAUCUCGUGAAAAUUCUUGAAGGGCCAAAGGAAGCCUUAAUCGAUUUAGUGUGGCACCCUGUUCAUCCCAUUGUCGUCUCUGUUUCCUUGACUGGCUUGGUUUACAUAUGGGCUAAAGAUUACACUGAGAAUUGGAGUGCAUUUGCUCCUGAUUUUAAGGAGCUCGAGGAAAAUGAGGAAUACAUAGAACGAGAAGAUGAAUUUGAUCUGAUCCCCGAAACUGAAAAGGCCAAAGAAUCUAAUGUUAAUGAAGAUGAUGAAGUUGAUAUUGUGACAGUGGACAAGGAUUCAGCUUUCAGUGAUUCAGAUAUGUCACAGGACGAGCUGUGCUUCUUGCCAGCAAUUCCUUUGCCUGAUGCUCCUGAGCAACAUGACAAGUGCUUAGAAAGUUCAUCAAAGUUGGUGGAAAGUAAUAAUUCUGGCUCCCCUCUUUCAGAAGACGGCAGACCAAAUGGACGUGCAAUUAAUCAUGCAUCAAGUCCACUUGAAGAGGACCCUGGAACAACACGCAUGAAAAGAAAACGAAAGCCUUCCGAAAAGUGGUUGGACUUGCAGCUUUAGAAAUGUUAGGUAACCCUUGAAAUCUUCAUGUAGAUCAUAAUCAUUUAUAAUGGCAUGUGAUGAGUUUACUGAUGGCGAUAGUAGUAGUUCUACUUUUGUAUUCCUAGCUUUGUAACAAAUAUACAUUGUAUUAGUUGUACUUCUGUUGCCUGGUAAUUUAAAAGUUCUGUCGCUUG